AUGCACAGUACUCGUGUUGAAGACCCUGCUCCUCUCGAUUACGCUACUCCCCCAUUCCCAUCCCUUUAUUGGCCAUACAAAGCCAAACCAGGUGUCGCGAAUUACCUAUACUAUACUCACGACAUAUGGCGCUAUACUUUGCUGUGGACACUCAUCCUCUUCGCCGUCUUUCACGCGGCGGUAGCCGCUUUUGCAGUUCUUAUGCAGUUGGGGAAGGGAGAGAAGGCUUGGCAAUAUGUUUGGGUAAUACCCUUGGUAUAUGCUUUCGUGGCUGGAGUUGAGGCAUUAUUGGCGGGGAGCUUUGUCGGGUUAAUUCUUGGAGCCGUCUACAACGCUGGAUACUUUCGAAUGUCAACAUGGAUUCCAUUUAUAUGGUCAUUGAUCAACGUUUUGGUUCUUAUUCUAUCGUCAUUCUCUAUUCAAGGCGGUCUCUAA